AUGGAAGAUCUACCGCCAGACUACCAGGAUCAGGAUCUCCCCUCCUACGAAACCAUCACCAAUACCGCGAGUACCGCAGUAGCUCCCCCCACCAGAAGCACCCUCGGCCCCGCUACGCUCUACAUCUCGGGCCGCUUCAUCUACUCGACCGACCCCCAAGCGCCGCCGCUGUACGAGUUCUCCCACUCUAUCGGCUAUCUGCACGAAAACGACCGCAGCGUAAAAGUCGAACGGGUUGAUCAAGUUGUCAAGACAUCAGCCGGGAUAUCGCAGGUCGUUCUACGGAAUAGACACCUCUUCGAUCUAAAACACCCGACCGCUGCCGAGUUUCCCAACUUUGCGUACCACGCCGAGGCCGCGACGCGUCGUGUGCUGUGCUCGUUUGGAGCUUCUACCUUUCGAGUUGGUGGGAUAUUAAGACAUGGGAAGGGAUAUCGCUUCGAGCGUGCAGUGAAGGGUGCCGAUCGAAAGCUUGAAGCCCAAGAUGCGCUGUUCGAGGUGAACCCUUCGCGGGACAAGGCAGUUGGAUACGAGUGGAGAGACGCGCAGGGGGAGUUGAUAGCUCGUGAGGUCAAGGAUGAGAUGGCAAGCAUGAGCCUGGUUAUCACGGCCGAGAUGAGCGCCGAGAUGCGCGAUGCUCUCGUAGCGGCGUGGAUCAUCAGGAUAUGGUGUGAGCUGUCAAAUGGGGAUCACUCGGCGAUGCGUCUUAUGAUGGCCAGCGCAGCACGGGGUCGAAGGAUCGUGAGCGGAUCAAUCCUGAACUAA